AUGGGACACACAUGGUCAGAAUAUGUCGCUCCGGAGACGACUCCGUUGCGAGACAAACCAUCUCAAUUUGAACCUCAUUUUGGUUUUUCCACGGAAAGACGAGAGAAAAAAAUGAUCGCUUCACUAGCGGAAAUGGAAUCAGCUAAAGUUCCAUUGGACGCCAGAGAUUUUUGUACACACAUGUUAUUGAAUUUAAGAGGUUGUAUCAGAGAUAACUUCCCAUUCAACCACCAUUGUCACCACGAAAGAGAAGAAUAUUAUGAAUGCCAGUAUCAUGAUUAUUUGGAUCGCAUGAAGGACUACGAAAGAGAAAAGCGAUUAUUACACAGAAGACAUCAAUUGAGACAAGGAGGUGCACCAAAUGCAGAAGAAGGCACUAUCAGUGCUUAA